AUGCCUACUCUAGACUUCGAUGAUGCCCCUGCUACCAGCAGGCUGUCCUCCCUCUCCAUCAUUGGAUCAUCGUCUGAAUCGCGGACACCUGUUUCGGAGAAGAACGAUGCGGCUAUCGGUGGGCGUCUCUCUACAGGUGCAACCAGGGUGUCGAUACCGGGAGCAAAGAAGUUAGAUGUGGAUGAUGCUGAGAUGGUCACACCCGAGCCUGGAUUCGUGGUGAAGACACUCAACACAACCAGUACAAAGAGAAGACAUCCCCAAGGCUCGAAAGCCUUUCUCAACAUUUGCCACUCCAAACAAAUGACCGCCCCCUCCACCCUCCCCGAUCAAGGCCUCAUGAGCCACCUCCGCGCCGGCGGCGACUGGGACAUCCCACUCCACACCACACCACCCCGACAAGACGUCGACAAAGCUGGCCGAGAGUGUCUUGUAGUCGAUUGCUGUGUGCAUACGAGCGUGCUGAGAGCGUCGCUUAGGGAUCCGGAGGUGAAGAUGUACUUGAUUGAGGUGUGCUUGGAGAGGGUGGAGGAUGAGUCCGGGAUGGUGUUGAGUCGGGAGUAUGCUGUGCCGAAUAUGAGGAGCAAGGGAGCGCUAGAGAAGAGUGUGCCGGUUGGGAGUGCAAUUGGAAAGGAGACGGUGACGGGUAUCCAGGUCCUGACAGAGAAUCAGGUGAAGGAGAAGGCGGCGAUUACGGAACUACGAUCAGCACCGACGCCAACGCCGGCAAAGCCUUUGAUCCAGGCCAUAGAGACGAAAGAAACGGCACGGCUGGCUGCACCAGCACUGAAGAAGGCCACGUACGUCGUAUCCCAAUUACUGACAAGAUCAAAAGUCAAGAUCGAGUUCUCGGUGCCUUUGUUACGGGCUCUAGGGGAUGCUUCUUUGGAUCUUCUGGCAACUUACGAACCAAGCAAAGCGAAGCUGGUGUUCGCAGUGACAAACGUGUACGAGGAUACUACUGUGGUAUUGGAUGGAGUUCGAGUAACCGAGGAUGCAGUACAGGCUUACUGGGUGAGGAAGGAGGGCAAGUUGGUGGUUGCCGUCGACAAGACAUAA